GUCAAAAUUACGAGAAUAAAGUCGAAAUAUUUCGAGAAUAAAGGCAAAAUUACGAGAAUAAAGUCGAAACAUUUCGAGAAUAAAGUCAAAAUUAUGAGAAAAAAAGUCGAAAUAUUUCGAGAAUAAAGUCAAAAUUAUGAGAAAAAAGUCGAAAUAUUUCGAGAAUAAAGUCAAAAUUAUGAGAAAAAAAGUCGAAAUAUUUCGAGAAUAAAGUCAAAAUUAUGAGAAAAAAGUCGAAAUAUUUCGAGAAUAAAGUCAAAAUUAUGAGAAAAAAGUUGAAACAUAAUUUGAGCAUUGAGUGACGAGAGCAUGCGCCGAACUUGAGAAGGGGAACCACCAUCCACACACACUUUGUCAUCUAUUAAAAGCCCCAUGAUGGAGGAUAAUACUGAUGCUCUUAAUGUUUUCAAAUUCCUGCGAAGUCGGGGCAUCUCUGAGGAGGCAGUCACGGUAAUGGAACAGCAAAAGAUUGACAGAGAAGUCAUCCUGCUUAUGGAAGAUGCCGAACUGGCAAAGUACCUGCCCUCAUAUGGAGACAGAAUUGCACUGAUACAUUUCUGCAGGCAUCAGACACCAUCUGUAAAGCGAAAGCUGGGUCUUUUUAACAAACUAAAAGAGAAAAUGAAGCUUAGAAAAGAGGAAAAUGAGGAUGAGCCACAAACUUUAAACAAAAAGGCAAACUGCAAAACAAAACCAUGCACACGAACCAUUGAAAUUGGAUGGCUUCACAAAGAAAGUGAAGUAGUAAAGCAGGUUCGGGCAAGACAAGGUGGGGGGACUAGAAAAAUACAGAUAAGUGUUCAGGCAGGAUAUGACGAAAUACUAAAGGAAGGAAAGGCAUUAUUCUUUCCCAACGGAAGCUCCACCAAAGGUCCUGAAUCUGAUUUUGAAUUUGAAGUUUGGGACUUUAAGCAAAAUCCUCUUCCCAAGAACCUGUCAGUCGGAAUGAUUUACAAUACUGUCAAACUCCCCAUGCUACGAUUCUAUAUAGCAACUUGUCCAAAAAUGAAUCUGACAGAAGAGUCUAGUGAUGAACCUGACCAGGCUACUGAUGCCUCUGAUUUGGAUCUGAAUAAAGGUGAUGGCGGGUCUACUCAGAAUGGAUAUGAGCAACUAGACUUAAAUGAGCCUCAGGACACCCUACCGGAUGUGUUCUUUAUUUCUGCAGAAGACAUUAGUGUAAAUUCCUCCGGAGACCAUCUUGCAAGCCUGAUGUUCAAUGUCAGCAGUGACCCUGAGAUUACAUUUGGUCCACAAGAGCACAGUGACAGAGAUUCCCUUAAUGACACAUUGGCCCAUGAGCCUUGUGAACAAAGUGCUCCAAAUGCUUUGCCUGACAGGAUUUUAACCAUACACUACUCAAAUAGCUUCAAUGACAUGAUAGAGGCAUUUUCAGACAACAAAAUUGUCACCCAGUCCUUAUCAGUGCAACGUAUACUUCCCAAUAACUCAGAGGAAGCAGGUAGUGGUCCAGGUGUCCUUCGUGAUGUGUACAGUAGCUUUUGGUCUGAUUUCUACGAACACUGCACUGUUGGAACAUCUGUAAAAGUGCCUUUCCUCAGGCAUGACUUCAGCACUGACAAAUGGAAAGCUGUGGGGCGAGUCCUUCUUAAAGGGUUUAAAGACUGCAAAUACAUGCCCAUCAAACUUGCUGCACCAUUUCUGGAGGAGAUGCUGUUUGGGGUUGUAUAUACAGACCUAAAGGAAACAUUCCUUAAUUUUGUGAGCUGCCAGGAGCGAGAUGUUCUCAAACAAGCGCUAAAUGACUUUUCCUCUGUUGACAUGGAUGACCUUUUGGACAUCAUGAACACUUAUGAGUGCCGGAGGAAGGUCACUGCUUCAUCUCUAUCUGCAAUAGUUGAUGAAAUUGCUCAUAAAGAGCUCAUACAGAAACCAAUGUUCGUAAUUGACUGUUGGAAGGAGGUCACAAAUGGCCAGAUCUCUCUAAGUCAUGAAAAUAUUGAACAACUAUACAAAGAUUUAGAGCCUACACCGAAAAAGGUGAUUGGGUUUUUGAAGUUCCCUCCAGGAAUGUCAAAUAAUCAAGCAGAAGUUGCCAACCACCUAAAGAGGUAUAUCAGGGAAAUUGAUGAAGACAAGCUCAGGAGAUUUUUGAGAUUCUGUACUGGUUCUGAUUUGAUGGUUGCAGAUGCUAUUCAGGUGCAGUUCACUUUCCAGACAGAUUUUACUAGACGGCCAAUUGGACGUACCUGUGGAUCGGUCCUAGAACUCUCAGACUCCUAUGACAAUUUCCCACAGUUUCGUGCUGAAUUUAACUGUGUUUUGGAAAGUAACAUCUGGGUCAUGGACAUUGUGUAGCUGGAAUAUUUUUGUUUCACAUACACACUUACAAACUUCAUAAAUGCCCAUAAGUGUAAAAAAGAAGAAAGUUGAUUCAUAAAAAUAUCAAAGUGCAGAACACUGCACUGUUUCACAGUGUUCAAGACUUUGCACGUGGUAACUGUGCGAAUACGUUGGAUAUGUUGUGCUUAUCUUAUGUUUGAUGCAAAUUUAUAUGCUCAUUCAAUGUUGAAUUCUGAAGAAAAACAGGUUUUUAUUCAAGUUGUGCAAUGCAGAAAACAUACACUGUUCGGGGCCUUGCACAUCUGUUAACAUUGUGUUUGUUUACUUAUUAAUUAGUAUUCAUAUACUCCAAUUGAAUGUUGUAAAAUGUUAAGGUAGAAAGUAAACUUUCUCUGUUUAGAGAAUAACACUUCAAAAAAAGAUACAUGAGUUAUCAGCAGCUUUCUAAAAUGCUUCAUGCAGUCACUGUGAGGUUUGCAUAUAUUUACUGUUUAUAGAUGUCUGAUUUUUUUGUUGGUAGAGGUUAAAUCUUAAAUGUGCAUUUUUGUUAAACAUUUUGCAUGUAUUACCUCUACUGGUUCACUACCAGUUAAUGUUUAUUAAUGUUGAUUACUGGUAUACUGUACUUUUAUGUUUAAAACAUAUUACAAUGCAGGUACAUUAGCAUAACACAUUUUCUGAAACAGUCUGAGUCUUAAGAUCAGAGCUCAAGUUUAAAACAUUAAAAGUUUUUCUUUCUAGA